CAAAGAGCCAGAGGGAAAAAACAGCAGCGUAGAGGAAAAGCCGGAGGGAGCCGCAGGGACCUCAUGGGCUGGGGUACUGGCUCCGAAUGCUGGGGACACGUCUGCUGUCAGUCUCCCUGGCAGAGCAAAGGCAGCAGAACAAGAAUGCAACUGACUAAGCCAGAGAAGGUGCCAGAGCUGCACAGCUUCAAGGAGAAGGGCUUUAAGAAGAAGAAGCGAGCGUGUGUGGUGUGCAAGGAAUCCAUCACGGCACUGGGCCUCGUCUGCCAAGUCUGCAAGAUCGCCAGUCACAAGACGUGCGAAGCGAAGGUGGCCUCAUCCUGCCAGCCCCUUCCCCCGCCUGAGCUGAGGCGGAACACCACUCCAGCCCGGCGCAUCGAGCACUUGGGCUCGACCAAAUCCCUCCACAGCACCAAGCAACGGAGCACGCUACCCAGGAGCUUCAGCCUGGACCACGUGAUGGAACGCAAGUACGACUUUGACCUCACCUACAUCACCGAGCGCAUCAUCUCCGUUUUCUUCCCCCCCGCCCUGGAGGAGCAGCGUUACCGCGGCAACCUGCGGGAGGUGGCACAAAUGCUCAAGUCCAAGCAUGAGGAUAAGUACAUGCUUUUCAACUUGUCCGAGAAGCGCCGCGACAUCAGCAGGCUGAACCCCAAGGUUCAGGAUUUCGGAUGGCCGGACUUGCACGCACCCCCCCUGGACAAGAUCUGCUCCAUCUGCAAAGCCAUGGAGACCUGGCUGAACGCUGCCCCCCAGCACGUGGUGGUGCUGCAUUGCAAGGGCAACAAGGGCAAGACGGGCGUCAUCGUGGCAGCCUACAUGCAUUACAGCAAGAUCUCUGCCAGCGCGGACCAGGCACUCAGUACCCUGACCAUGCGCAAAUUCUGUGAGGACAAAGUGGCCACAUCCCUGCAGCCGUCCCAGAAAAGGUACAUCAGUUACUUCAGUGGGCUGCUGUCAGGCACCAUCAAGAUGAACUGCAACACGCUGUUCCUGCACCAUGUGCUCAUCCCGGCCAUCCCCAGCUUCCAGCCCUGCGGAGGCUACCAGCCCUUCCUGAAGAUCUACCAGGCCAUGCAGCUUGUCUACACCUCGGGGAUCUACAGCAUCCCAGGCCCCGGCCCCCAGAAGGUCUGUGUCACCCUAGAGCCAGCCCUGCUGCUGAAAGGGGAUGUGAUGGUGAAGUGCUACCACAAGCAGAGCGGCAGCUCCGACCGGGACGUGGUUUUCCGCGUCCAAUUCCACACGUGCACCAUCCAUGGUGCCCAGCUCUGGUUCGGGAAGGACGAGUUGGAUGAUGCCUGGCAAGACGAGCGCUUCCCCUUCGAAGCCAGCGUGGAGUUUGUCUUCUCCUCUGGCCCCGAGAAGAUGAAAGGCCUGGAGAGCUUGCGGAACCAUCCGUCUGUCGCGGUGGAUUAUAACAUCGCCGAUCCCAUGGUGCGCUGGGACUCCUACGAGCACUUCAACCUGCACCAUGAGGACAGCCUGGAAGACGUGUCCCACACCCGCGGCCCCCUCGACGGCAGCCUCUACGCCAAGGUCAAGAAGCAGCGGCACCCGAGUGGCUUUUCCAGCGGUGGCGGCAGCCCUGGCAGCACGGAGACCACCCAGCAGGGCAGCCGCUUCCUGUCCAUCAGCAGCGACUCCGGCCACUCCUCCAUGCUGGCUGAGAAGCUGGACGAGCCCUCCCCGCCCGCCAAAGCACUGCCCACGCCGGCCGAGAGGGAGGAGCUGGACAGGCUCCUGGGGGGCUUCGGGGUCAAGGCCAGACCAGAGACCCCCAAGCAGCAGAGGGGGGGCUCCCCACCCCGGGACCUAGGGGGAUACCCGCACAGCAACGGGGCCAAGGCCAGGGAGACGGCCAUCUUGGAGGAUGAGCUGGUGGAGAUGAGCCCCUUGGGGCCGCUAGCGUACCCCAGCCGGCGUGCCCCAGCCCGUCACUGCUCCUGCCGCCUGGGCUACCGCUCACAGAGCUGCCCGGGCACUCACAGCCCUGAGAGGCUGCCCAUCAGUGCCUACUACAGGCCCGAGGGCACCUUGGAGCGCCGGCGGCUGCUCUACAGCCCCAAUGGGGCCCAGCUGCCUCCUGCCGAGGGCUACCCCUGCCUGCAACAGGAGGGUGGGCCUGGGGAGAAGCGACGGGCAUAUCGCUCCCUCUCUGAGGGCCUGCAGCCCCUCGCCCACCCUUACUCCUACGAGCUGUCCCACAGCCCUAGCAAGCGGGAGGACCUGAUCUACAAGUCACCCGGCUACCGGGAGCUGGUGAUCUUGGAGGAUGAGCCCUUGUGCGAUGUGGAGCUGUGCCCAUGCCCCGACUGCCAGGAGAAGGCUCACGAGGAGGCUGGCCUGCCCCCCACUGCUGCCUUCUAUGGCCUGCGUCUGGGCAGCCGUGAGCCUGAGGAGUGGGGUCUUGAGAGCGCCAAGUCCCCCCAGGCAGGGCACCCCAGCCAGCCCAUACCCCUGCUGAUGCCAGCCACCUAUGGCCAGCGCAACCGGGGGCAUCACGAGGUGUUUGACUUCGAGCCCGCCCACGGCAAGAUGCCAGCGCACUUCGGCCAUGGCUACCCCUGCCCCUGCAAGCCCAGCUCUCAUCAGAAGGGCCACAAGGGUCUGGAGAAGAGCCUGGAAUCCUUCCACUACCGCUACGGCCUCCCCUACCCUGCCCUGCUGACCCAGAUACAGGGCCCUAGGGACGAGGUUCCCUGGCGAGAUGCCUCCGGCUCCUGCAACUCCCUGCGCCAGUCCCACCGGGCCGAGCUGCCAGGCCCUCCAACACCCCUGCACACCAGCAGCCCAGUGCAGAGCAAAGACAGCCCAGCGAUGCCCAAAGGCGACACUCCAUCUGAAAGCCUGCAGGGGAGCUCGGCGUCUUCUAGCCCUGAGGCCAAUGCCCUAGCCAGUCCCAAGAGGACUCCAGAGAUGAGUGCAGCCCUGCCGGGCGCUGUACCCAGCUCCAUGCAGCCCCCUUCCCCCAUACAGGCAUGUGCCCACAGAACUGGCUCCCACAUCCAGUCCAAUGGGCCAGCCCCGAGGCAGCCAUGUGUCCGAGCCCACAGCCCAGCCAGCCCACCCCCUGGCACCAGCCUAUCUAGGGUGAACUUGGGCGAAGCCCUAGGUCACCUGAAUGGCCACAGCUGCCCAGCAGUGUCCCCCGAUCCGCCUCCCAGCAAUGGCUCCCCGGCGCACCUGCUGCUCCCUGGGAUGGCCAGGCUGCCCCAGCGCAGCCCCCCGGGCACGCCUGUGCACAGCCCAGCCUGUGCCGGGUGCAGAGCAACGACAACGCUCAGGAACCCAGCCCCCUGCAAUGGGCACCUGCCCAGUGAGAGAGCUGAGCUGGCCCCAGGCACCCUAGCCCACUGCCCCAAUGUCAGCCCCCUCCCAAGCCCCCUCAGCAUGCAGCUGCCAACCCCUGGGGGCAGUCAGGCCUGCCCCCCCGACUUGCAGUGCUCCCCGACCCCCGCCUUCCCCAUCGCUACAGUCUUCUACGCAGGCGGGGAGAAGAGCCCGCCUCCCCCAGGCUCCCCUAGCCAGGGCCAUGCCCGCAACGCACUGCAGCAGCCACCGUUGCCUGAGAAGCGCCACACGCCAGUGGCUGGCAACUGGGAGAGGAGCUCGCCACCAGGACGGGGCACAGGGACCAACCACCACGUCACCUUCGCACCCGACGCCGCCAGGCCGGACUCAGACACGCCGCCAGAGAGCCACAGCAGUGUCCAGUUUGUCCAGGAUACAUCCAAGUUCUGGUAUAAACCCAACCUGUCCCGGGACCAAGCCAUUGCCCUGCUGAAGGACAAGGAGCCCGGCUGCUUCCUCAUCCGUGACAGCAACUCCUUCCAAGGCGCCUACGGGCUGGCUCUCAAAGUAACAACCCCCCCGGCCAUAGCUGCAGGGAGAUCUUUCACCUGGUUCCCUGCCCCAGGUGACCCCAUGGAGCAGCUGGUGCGUCACUUCCUGAUUGAGACCGGCCCCAAGGGGGUGAAGAUCAAGGGCUGUCAGAACGAGCCCUACUUUGGAAGCCUGCCUGCCCUGGUCUCACAGCACUCCAUCACCCCCAUCUCCCUGCCCUGCAAGCUCCGGAUCCCCAACCGAGAUCCCCUGGAGGAGACCCCGGACGUGGCCAUCCCCACCAACAUGAGCACGGCAGCCGAUUUGCUGAAGCAGGGGGCGGCCUGCAGUGUGCUCUACCUCAGCUCCGUGGAGACCGAGUCGCUGACGGGCCCCCAAGCCAUCCCCCAGGCAGCCGCCAGCACGCUCAGCUGCAGCCCCCGCCCACCCGCCUGCCUCGUGCACUUCAAGGUCUCGGCCCAGGGCAUCACCCUGACGGACUAUCAGAGGAAGCUGUUCUUCCGGCGCCAUUACCCUGUGAACAGCAUCACCUUCUGCAGCACCGACCCACAGGACAGGAGAUGGACAAAUCCAGACGGCACCACCUCCAAGCUCUUCGGCUUUGUGGCUAAGAAGCAGGGCAGCCCCUGUGACCUCUUCCCCCAGCUGGCCCCUGAGCAGCCUGCCUCAGCCAUCGUCAACUUCAUCACCAAGGUCAUGCUGGGGAUGCAUAGAAAAUGAGCCGAGGAGACGUGGGCGCUGGCCUUCGCCCACAGCCUGCGGAGGGCGCCAGCCCUGCACCUGCCACGCUCAGCCAGGCACAGGGGCUGGGCAGCAGGAACCCUCACUCAGCCUCUGGCCUGGGAUGUGGGCGCCGGGGACAGCUUCUGCCACAGGCCCUCGGCCUCAAACCUCCAUAUUGAAGGAAGGGGAGGGGGUUGUUUGGUGGCAGGGGAGGGAAAGCUGGAGCCAGACCUGAUCCCGUGCUCCCUUCAGUGGGGAGAGGGUUUCUUUUCCAGCCCCCCACCCCCAAUCUCGGCGCUUUAGCCCCAUCCACUCCAGCAAGUGCAACCAAAGGCACCUUCCUAACUGGGUGUCCAGUUCCGCCUCACACCCUGUGGUGGCACCUCAGGGGUUAAUGCUCAGGGCUGGUGAUCUCAGGGGUGCAGGAUCCCAGGAGCCAGUGGGGGACAUGGACCAGGGAGGCAACCGGGGGCUUGCAGAGGGGCCGAGGGAUCCUGGAGCUGGACUGUAAGAGCUGAAGGAGCAGGGAUGGGAGCCUAAGGCAUUUGGUAAGGCCAGGGUGUGUUCCAGGGGCCCACCCAGCCCUGCCUAGGGGUGCCAGGCCUCUGAGCUGAGGAAACGGGAGGGAGAUCACGGUCGGGCCAGGGCCACAGCACAGGAGUGGAGAGCAGAGCCAGCAUAGUCUAGGGGGUGAGAGCUGGUUGGGCUGGCAAGCAGGACUCCUGGGCUUUAGCCCCAGCUCUUGGAGGGGCCUGGGCGCUAGAGCGGGUGGUGGGGCUGGGUACUAGGACUCUGGGAUCUAGUCUGCUGGGCUGUCAGUACUAAGGUGGGAGGCAGAAGCAGGUUGUCCCAAGGAGGCCCAGCAGGGCUUCCAGAGCCCCAAGAGGGACAGGCCUUUGUUUGGAGCAGGAGCUGCUGGCCAUGGACUUGGGCCAGCCAAUGCCGCAUAGCACCUGCUGCUACCAAGCCCAGCUGGGGCUAAACAGCUGUGUGUGGCCAUAGUGGAGGGCUCAUGGGAGCAAUGGAUCAAAGCAGAGCAGAGUCCUCUGAGGCAGAGAAAAAGCUGCAUCCAGCCUAUGCUUUCUAGUGCAGGGCUGGAGUCUGCCCCUCCUGCCGGGGUGGGUGGGAUUUCAUGAAGGGAAGAGAUCUAUUUUUGUCUAAUAAAGAAUUUCUAUGAG